GAACUCUGUGUAUGAGAACGCCAACGACUCGACAAGCGGCGCCAGCCCGACCCCGCCACACUACGCCCACCCGACGUACGCCCUCGGCAUGCCCGCGCCCUCCAGCCCAUCCCGUCAGUCCUCUACAGACACCAAGAAGGUACACUUUAACCUGGCGGGGACCCAGGGCCACGGCGGCCAUGCUGACGAGCGUGUGUAUGAGGCCAGGAACGAGGAGGUGAUCAAGCGUGUGGCAGAACUACAGCAGCUGGUGGAGGAUGCUGAGAACUACCUGAGUGACGCGGACGGCGAGACUACCGAGACGGAAAGCGUACGCUCUGAUCAAUAUGGCAGAUUAAAGCACUCUGAUUCUCUCCUACUUCUGACCCAGGGUCAGAAGCUAUUGCCAAAUGGCGAGGUAGUGGAGAGUGAAGAACGCUCGGGCAGUGAUACGGACUCGCGGGCAACGCCCAAUCAGAGCCCGGCACACAGACCCGCUGCCAAGCCUCCGCAACGUCCCUCAUCAGUCCUCAAGCCAAGUGGGUCAUCCUUUGGCCUGCACUCCCCAGACAACCUGCCCAUCACUUUACAGAGCCGUGAAAAUGACAUCAAGGCACUCAUUAAGCAGCUAGAAGACAACUCUGGUCUUCCCUACACCUUUGCAGAGGGCACACUUUAUCUCGAUCCAGAUAUCAUCGACCUUACUAUGAUCCCACCUCCUAUCACUCCAGAUGAGGAUGGCACAAAGGUAUUCCCACCACAGGUUAGCACCCCACCCACACCCUUUGCUGAUCGGGAAACUUUGGAAAAGGAAUUGAAGGCCCUUGAGCAAGAUUUGGGUGACUUGAGAUCACUCACCAACCCAAGUUGGCUCGAGCAGGAUACUGUAGCCAGCUACUCUGAUUCGACUACCACGGGAGCGAGUGACACGGAGGACAGCACAUCGCUGAGCAGUCUCAACACCAGCAUCACCUCCAACGACUCUCUCUUUUCCCCACUCAAUGGAUCGGGCAUCAAUAGAGGCUCAGGUGGCAAUGGAGGCACCAAAGGCCCCAGCUUCACCCUAGCAGCCCUCCGCCAGCUUGGUAUUCAUCUGGAGGAAGGUGAAGAUAUUGACUCCUUCAUUGCUAACCUUACCAUUCCACCACCACCUGAAGGAUGUGUAGACCUUCAAACAUGUGCUGAAAACCGCAGAAUGGGAAACGAGUAUGACAUAUCCGCUUUUAUCAUCCCUCCCCCUCCAACUUCAGAUGAGAAAGACAACAGGUCAUCAGAUAUCAUAAGAAGACUAUAUGAAGCCAAAGAAGGCAUCAGUAGGAUGGUGUGUGAAGACAACAGUGAUGUUGAAGAAGGAGAGAAGGACCACGAAAUUGCAGAGGUGCGUGUCAGCUCAGAAACAGUGCCCAAACGUACCGCUCUGGCGGGGAAGGUAGCGUCCCUUCAAAGACGCUUUGAAACUUCUCCUCGGACAACACACAAUAAUUCAUCUAACUCUAGUGCCUCCAUAGACAAUAGACAGUUGCUGCUGAAGCUUAGCAAAGAAAGCUCUCAUUCUCCAAGUGAUUCGUCGGGUUAUGAUAGUCUCAAAUCAAAUAGUUCUAAUGUAGGACAUGAACUUGAUGCCAAAUUGGCACAGGCGUUGGAAGAAAAUGAUAAGAUGUUCAAAAGUUUUGACACUCUCAAGAGACAACAACUCAUGAAUGCCAAAAUUACGGGUGGAGGUCAGGAAAAAGGAAAAGAGUGCAGUGAUUUCAAACAUCCUUCAGUAAUGUCCAGAGUGCGAACCUUUAGUUCUGGAGGAAAGUGGGGUACUGGUUCUCUACAACGACCUUCAACACUUCAACGCCAAAUGACUGUGCCAACCAGUAAGGCAGAUGUAAAGGAAGAGGAGUCUCCUCCUCCUCCUCCUCCACGCACUCCUAUUACUCGAACAGGUACUCUUACUAAUCCAAAGAAAUCUAACCCAUUUCCUCCCUCAUCAAAAAUCCAAAGAAGCAUUUCUAUGAGCACCGGUAACCUUUCAAAGUCUGCCUCUGAAGAUGACAUGACAAUUCACUCUAGUUAUAACACCAUCUUAAAGUCACCCACCCAAACCACCAUGUCUUCAGCCUCCAGUGAAGAUAUCAGUAGUCAAGCCAAAGCCUCCCCAGGGUCGCCUUCCAAACAGAGUGUAGCUUCUAGCAAUGACUCGCUCACUUCGUCUUCAAGUAUGGUAACUGUCAAAUCAGCCUCUCUCAAAAGCUUAGACAAUGAUGAGGACCCUCCAGAACUGCCUCCAAGAAAUGGACCUAAAACUGCCAUGAAGCCUCCUCUUCCAAGAAGUCCAUCGCAGGACAAUGUGAAGGCAGCGAUUCAAAACAAGGGCCUGCGUUCUCCAUCACCAGCACGCAAGGCAGUAAGGAGUCCCUCACCAGACAACACAGAACGGCCUCCCUCGGUGCCUUCCAGACUGCGCAAGCCCCAGCUCAGUCCAACAACUUCUCCAACAAAUAAUUUACCAGGCACACACCGUCCGCGUCCUUCAAGCAAAUUAAAUGCACCUUCUACACCUACCAGUGGUAAAGCUCCUGCUGCCAGUCCAACGUCCCCUAGAGGUGGUACACGUUCUCCUCAGAAGAGUCCUAAAGUUAGCCGUAAGUCAGCUGCCACUGAGGAACAUAAGCCUCUGCUUCCAGCUAAGACUAGUCAGUCACCAGCUCGAAGAGUUCCUGCAUCAACACCAGCAUCAAAUGGUGUCAAAAGUCCCGUAAGAAGUGCCGACAAAAACUCUACAACCUCAAGAUUGCCCAGACCAGAUAACUCCAGUGUGGCCCUUAAGAACAGCCUUAACCAAGAAGUUGCUCCUCUUCAGACGUCCUCACCAAAACUAUCACCUAAAAACAAAAUGGUAAAUGGCAAGACUCCAAAUGGUAUGGAGCUUGAUGAUUCUUUAGACUCUGGUAGCUUUGAUCAAGAUUCAUUAGAAGAAACAGAGGAUAUUGAAGUGAUGCCUCCAGCUUCAAGAGAUGCCUUCCGUCGUUUUUCAGUAGUAGUUAGUCAAUCCUUAAAAUCCUUAACAGAGAUGGCAGCAGCUUGUGCAGAAGCACAGCGUUCUGGAGGCACUGCCACUCAAGAUGAAGCAAAAUUCCAAGAAGCCAGAGAGGCCCUUACAAGUGAAUCAAGACAAUUUGUAACUGCCUCUAAAUUGUUUGUAAAGUCAGCCACAGAAUCAGAAGAUACUUUACUUAACUGUCUGGCCACGUGUAUAACUCUGAUGCAACGCAUGGUUGAUGUUACCCAUCAAGUAGUGCGGCAUACAACCACACCACUACAGACACAGAAUGUGGUGGUGAAGGUGAGGGAUGUGGCUACCACCUACCAGUCCACAGUACGGGCAGCACUCUCUGCUGCUGGCAGGGGAAUGGACCACCCUUCCAUGAACACCCUCAUGACUCAGGCCACCAACCUGGCUGGUGUACUCACUGCUCUCAUGCGUACACUCAGAGUAUUCAGCCCGUGAAUCCUCUAAUGCUGUGAAAUUUUCCAUAUAUCAUAGAAUUGUGUGCAUUAUCAUAUUUAAGUUAAUAUUUGAAGUAAUUGACAAUAACAAUCCACCAGUGACAGUUCAAUGAAUGCAGACUUACAAAAAAAGUACUUAAUGUAUUUACACGUUUGUAGAUAUAGAAGUAGCAACAAACGAUAUGCAUAAUGUCAUCACUGUAGCCUGACCAGUUUCUGUAAAUAAUGAUAGAAAUCUCAGGUAUUAUGAACAGUUUGGAGAACAUGAGUGUCAGCAGCUGAAGAAGCAAGCCUUUGGUACAGGUGAUGAAGUUGGGACAAGUGGAGGGUGACCUAACCAUCAGUAGAGUUGUAUAUUUCAAUACAAUGAUAUAAACAUAAUUGUGUGUAUAACAUAAUGCCUAACUUACCCACAGUCUUGCAUUUGAAGAUAACUUUCCAAGUGUAUGUUUGUAUCUCAAAUGUACUUACAGUAAUUAUUUUAGUUACUUUUUUAUUCCAAGAUCAUAGUCAUGAUUUGCAAUUGUCCUUAGUCCUGACUAUUUUCAUUGUUAUAUCUUACGUAACUUACACUUUGCAUCUAUUUUCUCUUUACACUACCUUACAUUUUGCCUACAAGUCAUUUUAGCCCCUCCCUCAAAUCCCUCUGUUGAUGUAUAUAAUAUCUGUACAGCAAACUUGUGACAUGUCAGCCCAAGUUAGGAGUUGUAAUUCAGUGUUUUUUUAGUGUAACUGCUGUAUUUUCUGCUAAAUAUAGUGUUACAGAGUAUAU